GCAAAUCAAACAAAGGCUCAGAGAACGUACCACGCACUCGUCUCUCUGAACAGCGGCUCAUUCUUCCCCGGACUUUUCCCAUUCCUGGCUCAGCAAUGGCCGCUGUUCAUAUUCUCUUCCUCCUCCUCUUCUUCCUCCCUUCCCUCUCUCUUUCUGUCUCUGAUAAAGAGGCUCUCCUAAAACUCAAGAAAUCAUUUAUCCAUGCGGACGCAUUAAGCUCAUGGGUUCCCAACUCCUCUCCUUGCUCGGACGAUUGGUUGGGAGUGAUUUGCGUUGAUGGCAAAAUCACUGGCCUCCAUCUCACAAACUUAGGUCUCUCAGGAAACAUAGACGUCGAGGCUUUACUGGAACUCCGAGGGCUUCGAACGAUCGGCAUGGUGAAUAACUCCUUCUCAGGUCCAAUUCCAGAUUUUCACAUGCUUGGCGCUUUGAAAUCUCUCUUAUUAACAGGCAAUAAGUUCUCUGGAAACAUUCCUAACGAUUUCUUUUCCCAUCUUACUUCGUUGAAGAAAGCCUGGCUCUCCUAUAACCAAUUCAACGGAACGAUACCCGAGUCGGUGACACAACCAACCCAUCUCAUAGAACUCCACCUAGAGAAGAACCAAUUCACAGGACCUAUCCCACCCAUGAACCAAACUUCGUUGAAACAACUUGAUUUAUCUAACAACAUGUUGGAAGGUGAGAUUCCUGAGAGCUUGUCGAUAUUUGGUGUGAAUACGUUUGCAGGAAAUGAAGGACUUUGUGGGAAGCCAUUGGACAAGGUUUGCACAGAGAAAGAUAAAACAUUAAUACCGAGUAAUGAAACUGGAAACAAGUCUAGCGACAAUAAUGUUGUAGUGCUUUCGUUCCUUGCCGUGAUAACGCUCGUCUUUAUCCUCUUUGCCUUUGGUAAUUGCGCGAAACAUAGGGAGAACGAAUUCAUUGUUCGCGGUAGCGAAUCAAUGGCGAACGAUCAGAUGGUUGAGAUACACGUGCUAAGUUCGAAUCGCAGUGGGGCUUCAGACUACUCGAGCCAUAAAGGUCUUUUGAAGAAAAGUACUUCAAGUCAACAAGAAAAGAAUGGAACGGGUGAUCUUGUGAUGGUGAAUGAUGCAAAGGGUACAUUUGGGUUGUCAGAUUUGAUGAAGGCAGCUGCAGAGGUGCUCGGUAAUGGCGGAAUGGGGUCAGCAUACAAGGCCUUGAUGGCCAAUGGGGUUUCGGUGGUUGUGAAGAGGAUGAGGGAGAUGAAUAGGAUGCAGAGAGAGGUAUUUGAUGAAGAGAUGAAGCGGUUUGGAAGAUUAAAGCACAAGAAUAUCUUGACUCCUUUGGCUUACCAUUUCCGGAGAGAAGAGAAGCUGUUGAUCUCCGAAUACAUUCCUAAAGGCAGUUUGUUAUAUGUCUUACAUGGUGAUCGUGGAAUUUGUCAUAAUGAGCUGAAUUGGCCAACGCGUCUGAAGAUUAUCAAGGGAGUUGCACGUGGUAUGGGUUUCCUCCAUAGUGAGUUUGCUAAACACGAUUUGCCCCAUGGAAAUCUUAAGUCCAGUAAUGUUCUUCUUUGUGAUGAUUAUGAGCCACUGUUAAGUGACUAUGCCUUCCAUUCACUAGUCUCUACACCCGUCGCAGCACAAGCAUUGUUUGCCUACAAAACCCCAGAUUACAUCCAAUACCAGAAAGUCUCUCCAAAGUCUGAUGUUUAUUGCCUUGGAAUAAUUAUUCUUGAGAUCCUCACUGGAAAAUUUCCCUCUCAGUAUCUUAUCACUGGAAAGGGUGGCACUGAUGUUGUGCAAUGGGUCCUAACAGCAAUUUCUGAACACAGACUACAAGAAGUGCUUGAUCCGGACAUUGCGAACAACACAAGUUCACUCAAUCAAAUAUUGCAACUCCUAAAUAUUGCAGUUGCCUGCAUUGAAAGUAAUUCCGAGCAACGGCUCGACAUGAGGGAAGCCAUUAGGAGAAUAGAAGAGGGAUAUGAAUAUUAAACCAAAAAGGG